CCCAGACCUCUAUCUUUCUUCUUCAUCACUUCUACCCUGCGUUUUCUUUCUCCGUUUAAGCCUUUCUCCUGCAUUUCUUUGUUUCAUUAUCUGUUUCUGUUGGUUCUGUAAUAUUUGUCUUUGCGACACACUGUAGCAAAGAAAGAAUAUAAAGAGAAUGCCUGCUGUAGGAGGGAUAGCCCCUGGCAAUGGCAAAAAGGAGUAUCCAGGGAACCUUACCCCUUAUGUGACUGUAACAUGUAUUGUUGCAGCCAUGGGUGGUUUGAUCUUUGGCUACGAUAUUGGGAUUUCUGGUGGAGUUACGUCCAUGGAUUCCUUCUUGAAAAAGUUCUUUCCUUCAGUCUUCCGGAAGAAAAAAGAGGACGCAACCACGAAUCAAUACUGCCAAUACGAUAGUCAGACACUGACCAUGUUCACGUCCUCACUCUACUUGGCUGCGUUAUUGUCUUCUCUUGUAGCCUCCUGGAUUACCCGUAAAUUUGGAAGGAAACUCUCUAUGCUUUUUGGUGGUGUGCUCUUUUGUGCUGGUGCCAUAAUUAAUGGCGCGGCUAAAGCAGUCUGGAUGUUGAUUCUUGGUAGAAUUUUGCUUGGUUUCGGUAUUGGCUUUGCCAAUCAGUCUGUGCCCCUCUACCUCUCUGAGAUGGCUCCAUACAGAUUUAGAGGAGCACUUAACAUCGGUUUCCAGUUAUCCAUCACAAUUGGUAUCCUCGUAGCAAAUGUGCUCAACUAUUUUUUCUCAAAGAUCCAUGGUGGUUGGGGUUGGAGAUUGAGCCUUGGUGGUGCCAUGGUCCCUGCCCUUAUAAUCACAAUCGGAUCACUAGUCCUACCAGACACGCCAAACUCUAUGAUCGAACGUGGCCAGCACGAAGAGGCCAGGGCCAAACUGAGGAGAGUUCGUGGUGUUGAUGAUGUGGAUGAGGAGUUUAAUGACCUCGUUGUUGCUAGUGAGGAAUCAAAGAAAGUUGAGCACCCAUGGAGAAAUUUGUUGCAGAGGAAAUACAGGCCUCAACUUACUAUGGCUAUAGCAAUCCCAUUCUUCCAGCAACUCACUGGCAUCAACGUGAUCAUGUUCUAUGCUCCUGUUUUGUUCGACACAAUUGGUUUCGGCAGCGAUGCUGCACUCAUGUCUGCUGUGAUCACUGGGUUGGUUAACGUCUUUGCAACUUUGGUUUCAAUCUAUGGUGUUGACAAGUGGGGAAGGAGGUUCCUUUUCCUUGAGGGUGGAGUUCAAAUGUUGAUAUGCCAGGCAGUUGUUGCAGCUUGUAUCGGUGCGAAGUUUGGAGUAGAUGGGAACCCUGGUGAAUUGCCCAAAUGGUAUGCUAUUGUUGUGGUGCUUUUCAUUUGCAUCUACGUUGCUGGAUUUGCCUGGUCAUGGGGUCCACUUGGGUGGUUGGUUCCCAGUGAAAUUUUCCCACUUGAAAUUCGAUCUGCUGCUCAGAGUGUGAAUGUCUCAGUGAACAUGCUCUUCACAUUCAUAGUGGCUCAGAUUUUCCUGACAAUGCUUUGCCACAUAAAAUUUGGGCUAUUCCUUUUCUUCGCCUUCUUUGUGGUUGUGAUGUCCAUCUUUGUUUAUUACUUCGUGCCUGAGACUAAAGGUAUUCCAAUUGAAGAGAUGGGUCAAGUCUGGAAAUCACACUGGUACUGGUCUAGAUAUGUUGCUGAUGAAGAUUUUCCCAAUGGAACCCUUGAGAUGGGCAAGGGAGGCCAAGGUCCAAAAAAUGUGUGAUUGAGCCUCAGCUUAUUUAGCUGCUGUUUUAUUUUUUCCUUUUAUGUUAGCAGUACAUACCACUGAUUUAAGUGCCAAAAGAUUAUAUGAGAUGCUUAUAAAUUUGUAUCAAAGUAUAUAUUUUAUGGAUAUCUCAUUGAAG